GGAGGGGGUGGGCGCGCAUGUCGGGGGAGGAGGGGAUAUCCCUGGAGCGGCGGCCCGCUGCAUCUUUCCCUCAGGCGCACCAGCUCUGUCUCGGGGUGGCUCGGUGCCCUGCCACCUUGGAAUCCCAGCUACCGCGUACCGGGGGACUGGCUUGGGAGGGAUGAACGCAGACAGGCCCUGGGGUCAGGCAUAUCCCGGGCACAGGGCCGCGAGGGGCCUAGGUGGAGAGGAUGGACUGCCACAUUUGGAAAUAGAGACUGGACAUUGUGAAAGGGAAGCUUUUGAUAGAAGAUUCGGUACCUUCUGGGGCUGGAAAUCCAUCUGAAUCUACUCAGAGGUCCGAUGACAAUACUCGCAGUAGACAAUCUCACGUAUGCAAAAGGUGGAACUAGUCUUUAACCAGUCAUGGAAAGAAUAAUCCUCCAGAUUUAAGAUUUGUCGCAGGAAUGGAAGUACUGCUUUACUCAAAUUCAGUGUAUACAAUAACUUGGCAGUAAGUGAACACUGGGAAGAGAAUAUGAUCGCUUCAACAGCUGCAAAAGCAGAUUUAACGACAUUUAUCACCUUUGUCUAAUACAACAUCCAAAGGGGAAUAGAAAGAAAAACGUCAGUCUCUUCAUAAUCAACCAAAGUAUAGAUAAAAAGUUUGGUCUUCCAAGACUCAGUUUGGUCCUGGGAAGAAACUCCAGAAGAAGUUUUUGAAACUUAAAGAUUAGAUGGGGCUUGACCUUUGCUGGGCAGCCUCCAGCUAUAAGAGUUCCUCUGCUGAGCCUAGAAGAUGACUACAGAAUUGAAAGAAGCCAUGGCCCUAGCCCCUUGGGACCCAGUGAAGGUGAAAAAGGAGGAAGAAGAGGAAGAUUUCCUAGGUCAGACAUCCAGCCAACAAGUUUAUGCUCAGAACAUCACAGUCUGCAUCCCAGGAGAGGGUCUUCAGACAGGCCUUGAUGUAUCAGAAGAGGAGGAAAAGGGUCAGAACAUGUUCUGGGACAUGGCUGUAGUCCUGAAAGCAACACAGGAGGCACCUGCUGCUUCACCCCUUGGCAGCUACUCAUUACCAGGGACUCUGGCCAAGAGCGAGAUACUGGACACUCAGGGGAACAUGAACUUUCUAGGUGCUGAAACCAAGAACUUACAAUUACUGGUUCCAAAAACUGAGAUAUGUGAUGAAGCCAAAAAACCCCUCAUAAUAUCAGGAAGAAUCCAGAAAACUGACCUUCAAGGACCCAAGUUAGGAGAAGCCUGUGAAAAAGGAAGCAUGUUAAAGAGGCAGAAAAUAAAGAAGGAAAAGAAAGAUUUCAGACAAGUCACAGUGAAUGACUAUCACUUACCUGAAAGCUUCAAAGAAGAGGAAGAUCAGAAAUGUAAGAAAUCUGGGGCAAAAUGUAACCUUAAUUCUGGCACUGUUAAAAAUCAGAAAAUACAGCCUGGGCAAAAGCCCUUUAUGUGUAGCGUGUGUGGGAAGGGCUUUAGUCAGAGUGCAAACCUUGUUGUGCAUCAGCGAAUCCACACUGGGGAGAAACCCUUUGAAUGUCAUGAGUGUGGGAAGGCCUUCAUUCAGAGUGCAAACCUUGUUGUUCAUCAGAGAAUCCACACCGGACAGAAACCUUAUGUUUGUUCAAAAUGUGGGAAAGCCUUCACUCAGAGUUCAAAUCUGACUGUACAUCAAAAAAUCCACUCCUUAGAAAAAACCUUUAAGUGCAGUGAAUGUGAGAAAGCCUUUAGUUAUAGCUCACAGCUUGCUCGGCACCAGAAAGUCCACAUUACAGAAAAAUGCUAUGAAUGUAACGAGUGUGGGAAAACAUUUACCCGGAGCUCAAACCUCAUUGUCCACCAGAGGAUCCACACUGGGGAGAAGCCCUUUGCCUGCAAUGAUUGUGGCAAGGCCUUUACCCAGAGUGCAAAUCUUAUUGUACAUCAGCGAAGCCAUACUGGUGAGAAGCCAUAUGAGUGUAAAGAGUGUGGGAAAGCCUUUAGUUGUUUUUCACACCUUAUUGUGCACCAGCGAAUUCAUACUGCAGAGAAACCCUACGACUGCAGCGAAUGUGGGAAAGCCUUCAGUCAGCUCUCUUGCCUUAUUGUCCACCAGAGAAUUCACAGUGGAGAUCUUCCGUAUGUGUGUAAUGAGUGUGGGAAGGCCUUCACAUGUAGCUCAUACCUACUUAUUCAUCAGAGAAUCCAUAAUGGGGAAAAACCUUACACAUGUAAUGAGUGUGGCAAGGCCUUCAGGCAGAGGUCCAGCCUCACCGUGCACCAGAGAACCCACACGGGGGAGAAGCCCUAUGAGUGUGAGAAGUGUGGUGCAGCUUUCAUUUCUAACUCACACCUCAUGCGACACCACAGAACCCAUCUUGUUGAAUAACAAGUAAAGGAAAAGGAAGACCUCCGGCAUUGGUCAUGACUUAGUGCUCCCCAAAUUAGAUGCCUCUUUGCUGUUUUCUUCCUCCUUUGUGAAAACAAGGCCUGUGUCAUUAAAAGUUAAUAGUUUUGGGGAAUGCAGCACAAAACACAAGACAAGCAUUUCAAAGGCUGAUUUAAAGAAGAUGAAAACUAAGCACCUAAAGGCAAGGACUUUAACUGUACUAUGAGCUGUUUAGUUUUCUGAAAUGGAAUGUAGCUUUCUUAGGAAUGGGUCAUACGAAGCUAAGUGAUAAAGUUCCUAUUUGAGGAAAGGUCUAUUUUGCUUACUUUUGUUUUUUAAAACUCUGGUAAUGCUUGAGCAACAGGUAGAGGUUAUCUGCCAGUUAGGGGUGUGGAGCUUUGAACCCUGUAUUCUCGUAUUUUCAGCGACCAGUUAAGAUGAAACCAUUUGGGGUAGCAAUUCAACAACAGCUCACCUAUGAACAUUAUAAGUUUCCUCUUCCCUAGGUAAUUUUUAAAAAGCCAAUUGAAACAGAAAAAGAAAAACCAAUUAACUGUCUACUGGUCCUAAAAUAGACAAAAGUACGAAAUGGCCUUUUUCCUCAUUGUCUAUACCUCCCAAACGUUAAUACUGUAAAGCUCUGGGGAUCUCGGAUAAGUCCAUUCUGACCAUUCCUCAGCCUGAAUGGCCAAGCACUCAAGGAUUGAUGGAGUCACCACACACCAGCUAUGAUCAACAAUUCUCCAAACAACUCAAUCCCCCAGUUUCUGUCACAUUCCAUUUGGGUGUGAUGCAGCCAACAGCCCCCUUCCUGGAUAGAGGAGUCAAAGAAUAAAGCUUGCCUAGAGGCAUGCCC